AAUGUAUAUAUAAAGCAUGGUGUUGUUGAUUAACCAAUUAGUAAAUUUCCUUACAAAAUGUUGGAGUUACCAUUCAACAUGACACUUAGUUUCCCUACAUUGUUUUUCAAGUCCUUACCUUUUGCUAAGGACUUGGAGCCUGAAUUAUUGAAUGCCUCCAUUGCUCUUGUUGCUGCUGGUCUUACUGCUGCUUAUAUUUACUACCGCAAGAAACCCAAAGGUUCCCUGGACCCAAAAAAUUUCAAAGAAUUCAAACUUGUAAAGAAGACACGGAUCAGCCCCAAUGCUGCAAGAUUCAAAUUUGCCCUUCCUACUCCUAAGUCGAUAUUGGGUCUUCCUGUUGGAAAAAACAUACUUGUCAGAGGAAGAGAUAGCGAAGGAGGUGAAGUUAUGAGGUCAUAUACUCCAAUCACAUUGGAUUCAGAUGUAGGCUAUUUUGAAUUAGUUGUAAAGAUGUACCCAUACGGAAAGAUGUCACACCAUUUUAGGCAAAUGAAGGAAGGUGACAGCUUGGCCGUGAAGGGCCCCAAGGGACGUUUCAGUUACAAAGUUGGCCGGGUUAGGGCAUUUGGAAUGAUUGCUGGAGGUUCAGGCAUUACCCCAAUGUUUCAGCUCAUAAGGGCCAUACUAGAAAACAAAAAGGACAAAACAAAAGUCUACCUCAUUUACGCCAAUGUGACAGUGGAUGAUAUCCUACUAAAGGAAGAACUUGAUCGCUUUGCAAACACAUUUCCUCACAGAUUCCAUGUCUAUCAUGUUCUUAAUAAGCCUCCCAAUGAAUGGAAUGGUGGCGUUGGGUACAUAUCAAAGGAGAUGAUUGAAUACCAUUGUCCAGCACCUGCCUCGGAUAUCCAGAUACUUAGGUGUGGUCCACCACCCAUGAAUAAAGCCAUUGCAACUCAUCUUGCUGCACUUGGAUACACAUCAAAGAUGCAGUUUGAGUUCUAAUAACACUUCAAUUUAAUUUUUCUCACAUUCUUGCAACACUUUUUAUUGCCUUUUACUAUCAUAUUUGUAUGUGUGUCAAAUUUCAAGAAUAAAAAACCAAUAAGGACAAUUAUUGAUCAGAGUGAAGGUAAUGUAACUUUGAGCUAAGAUCCUGCUUCUAUUUGCCAAAUUCGUAUGAAUUAAAUGUUCUUUUGA